CGUGCUGAAAUGAACACGAAAAAAUGUGCUAGUCAAUGCUAAAAUGUAGAUAAUAUAUGUAAAUGCUAAAAAAUGGUACAAGCGGCGCAAUCAAACGAAACCGAAUGGAUAUUCAGCUGAUAGUUGUCUUAAGCAUUUGGGGCGCAUUGGUGCUUAGACUGACAAAAGGCGCUUAACAACAUAACCGAUGCUAUAAAAAUAUUUUACACACUUAACAAUUGUGUAGAAAUUUAGAAUUUGCGUGUUGUAUUAUUGUUACAAAAAUCUAUAUAUUUAUAUACAUACAACAAAAAUAAUAAUAAUAAUCAAGUCAAAGCUACAACAAAUGAAAGCAUAUUGAUAAGCUACACAACAACAAUACGGAUACAGCGACCACAACAACUUCAAAAAACACAAUUUCGGAUAUCUCCACAUAACAACAAUCACAAUUCAUUCGAAUUGUUUUGGAUAUUAACACAACAAACAACAAACAAAAACAAUACAACAAAAUAAAUUCUCGCUGAUUGGUAGAGCGACAACCCGACCAAUAAAAACAACUUAAAGUUAUACAAAAUAAAUCAAUAUAUUAACAUCAACAUUGAAUCUGUAACUAAGAAGAAUUGGCGACACAAAAUGCCAACUGAACUGAAUUCGCAGCAACAGCAACAGCAACAUUAAACUGACAUCUGGAGAAGCCGCGACACCGGCAAGUGGUGUUGAUAACAAUUUGCUGAGCAUGCAACGGAAACAAAAGCCAACAGCAGCCGUCGAAGAAGCAGCAGAAGCCGCAGCAGCAAUAGCCGUUGAAAGAAUAAAGCAUCAGACCUGCAGCAAUUGCAGCAGGACAAGCAAAAGUAACAGUAGCAAUAGCAGGAGGAGCAGGCGCAGCAAUAGAAGAAACACCUGCAUUCGUCGAGCAGUGUAUCAUCAUUGGCUGCUUUGAGCAGCGGGGCGAACAAAAGAGGACGCGUGAGCAGGACGAGACGGCCCCGGGCGUGUGUGCUGCGGUUGUGGUGUGUGUGCGUCGGCCGUCUCAGUCAACAACUUGAGGAGCAACAAAAAUAGCAGCAUAAUUCGCUGAUUGAUCUAAUUAGUAACAACAAGAGACAAGCAACAUUAUAGAAAGAUAUAUAAAGAACAAUGUCAUCCAACGAACCACCGCCACGUUAUGAGCCCGCUGUGGAGCCCAUCAAUGGUAUUGUACAGCCACCGGUUGUGCCGCCGCAGGAGCGACCGGGGCGGAAUACAAAUCAAUUGCAAUAUUUGAUUAAAACAGUGAUGAAGGUCAUUUGGAAGCAUCAUUUCUCUUGGCCCUUUCAACAGCCUGUCGAUGCCAAGAAACUGAACCUGCCCGAUUAUCACAAGAUAAUCAAACAGCCAAUGGACAUGGGUACGAUUAAGAAACGUUUGGAGAACAACUACUAUUGGUCUGCGAAGGAGGCCAUUCACGACUUCAAUACAAUGUUCACCAAUUGUUAUGUGUACAAUAAGCCCGGCGAGGAUGUUGUUGUGAUGGCGCAAACUCUAGAGAAGGUCUUUUUGCAGAAGAUCGAAUCGAUGCCCAAGGAAGAGCUCGAACUGGAGCCCGUCACAGCGAAGGGUGGCAAAAAGAAACAGCGUGCACCGACCACACCCAAAGCCUCCAACAGUAGUGCCAGCGGCUUGGCUGCCAUUUCAUCUGGCGGCGGUACCAGCGUUGGUAGUAGUAGUGCCGCCACAGCCUCUGCGACCAGUACACCAACAACAGCGGGUGGGAAAACAGCGCAAUCCUCACAGCUGACACCAAUGAGUGGUCUGCCACAGCCAUCAGCAGCGGGUGUCUCAACGCCAACGUCAGCGGCGGCAACAGUAGCGGCCAUUCAAGCAGCAGCUGUAGCGGCAGCAGCAGCAGCAAACGCCCGACCUGUCUCCGCCAUGGGCGGCACGGUUUCAUCAACGGCCGGAGGCGUUACACCGUCCAUACCACCGAUAAGCACAAUGCCACCGCAUACGGUUCCAGGGAGUACGAAUACAACGACCACCGCAGCGAUGGCAGCGGCAGCGGCUGCAGCAGCGGGGGCGGGGCCUGGUGCAACAAAUGCAGCUGUGCUAAAUGCGGCCAUGGCCAGCCUAUUAAAUCCUGCGCAAAGCGGCGGUGGCAACAGUUAUGGAGCUGCCGGCCAACAGACAUCGCUCAACAACAGCUCCCUGCUCGAUGGCAAUGCGGCGGCAACAGCGGUCGCCCAAGCGCAAGCGGCAGCAGCGGCUGCUGUCGCUGCAGCUGCCUUAGAUGGAGCUGGCGGUGUAACAAUACCAACGGCUGCCGUUAAUGCAGCCAAUGCGGUGCAAGCAUAUGUGAAUAGUACGGCGGGCGUCGGUGUCGGUGUUGUGGAUGCUGUUAUACCGCCACAGCAACCGGCCAAAAUGAAGAAGGGCGUCAAGCGAAAGGCGGACACAACGACGCCGACGGCGAAUGCCUUCGAAUCGCCUUAUGCCCAAAUGGACUCCAAGGCGGCCAAAAUAGCGACGCGGCGGGAAUCGAAUCGUCAGGUAAUUGGCAAAAAGGAUCUUACAUUCCAGGGCUCGGGCUAUCCAAUGUCACCAUUGGGUGUCGCUGGUGUGCCUGGUCUGGUUGCCGGCGGCGCCAUUGGCGGCGUUGCUGGUGCCAAAUCGAAGGAGAAACUAUCGGAUGCACUUAAAUCAUGCAAUGAGAUACUCAAGGAGCUGUUCUCCAAAAAGCACUCCGGCUAUGCCUGGCCCUUCUAUAAACCCGUCGAUGCUGAGCUAUUGGGUCUGCACGACUAUCACGAUAUCAUCAAGAAGCCCAUGGAUCUGGGUACCGUUAAGCGUAAAAUGGACAAUCGCGAAUAUAAGAGCGCGCCGGAAUUCGCGGCCGAUGUGCGAUUAAUAUUCACCAAUUGCUACAAAUACAAUCCGCCAGAUCAUGAUGUCGUUGCCAUGGGUCGUAAGCUGCAGGAUGUCUUCGAGAUGCGAUACGCGAAUAUACCCGAUGAGCCCGUUGCGAAUGCGGCGCAUCAUCAUCAUGGCUAUACGAGCACGUCGAAGCAUGAUGCAAGUGAUUCAUCAAGUGAGGAUUCCAGCGAUACGGAAAACGAAUCGAAUUCGGAUGAGGAGCGCAGUGCGAAGCUGAAAAUGCUCGAAUCGAAGCUGCUGGGCUUGCAGGAGGAGAUACGUAAACUGGUCGAGGAAGCAUCCGCCAAGAAGAAGGCCAAGAAAAAACUCAAAGAGAAGAAAAAGACCUUGGGUCAGGGCAGUGCCAGCGCCGCCGGUGGUGGCAGUGGUGCUGGCGGUGGCGGUGGCCAUCAUCAGCAUGCAGCCAGCGCCAGUAAUGCCAGCCACGGUGGCGUCUCAUUGCCCACCAAUGUGGCUGGACUUAAUGCUGGCGGUGCAGCGAGCGCCAAUUUGUCGGCGUUGCUCAGCAGUUCGCUGGUGGGUGCCGGCGGAGUGGGCGUGGCAGGCGGUGUACCCGGUGGGCCAACGCUGCAGCAUGUCCACGACAUCCUGGCGAUGAGCCAGCUGACGGGCGGCGGUGCCGCUGGUGGAGCGGGCUAUGCGGCCGGCGUCAAUUCGGCAGGUGUGGCGGCUGGCGGUGGCAAGGCGGCGGCCGGUGCAUUAGCGGGCGCAUUGGCAGCUGGGGCGGCUGCUGGUGCCGGCGGUGCUGGCGGUGGCAGCAGUGGUGGCAGUAAAGGUGCUAAGGUCAAGGGACAGCGCGGCGCCAAAAGCGGCGCAGGCGUUGCUGCCGGCAAUGCAGCGAGCGGUGCGGCUGCUGGUGCAGCCGGUGUUGGAGCGGGUAGCGCAUCUGGUGGUGGUGGCAGCGGUGGCGGCGGCGGUGGCAGCGGCGCCACCAGCAAUGCGAAACGCACCAAGGGUAGCAGCAAUGCCAGCGCUGGAGCUGGCGCUGGAGCUGGUGGUGCCAGCGGCGGUGCCGGUGCUCGCGGAAGCAGCAAGAAGAAGCCCAGCCAGGUGAUGAACUUCGAUUCCGAGGAGGAGGAUACCGCCAAGCCAAUGUCCUACGAUGAAAAGCGACAGCUUUCCCUUGACAUUAACAAGUUGCCAGGCGACAAACUGGGACGUGUGGUACAUAUUAUACAAAAUCGUGAGCCAUCGCUGCGCGACUCGAAUCCGGAUGAGAUUGAGAUCGAUUUCGAGACGCUGAAGCCGUCGACGCUGCGCGAGCUAGAAAGCUAUGUGGCGUCGUGUUUGCGCAAAAAAACACGUAAGCCAUAUUAUAAAAAGCCUUCCGGAAAGUCAAAGGACGAGCAAAUGGCCGAAAAGAAACAAGAACUGGAGAAACGGUUACAGGACGUAACUGGCCAACUGGGAGCUAGCAAGAAAACAGCCAAGAAAGACGAGACGACGUCGAGUAAAGUCGAGGCUGUGCAGCCAGCGAAUCCUGUGUCCUCUAGUUCAAGUUCCAGCGAUUCAUCGUCCUCGAGUUCGAGUGAUAGCAGUUCGAGUGACUCGAGCGACAGUGAAGCAGGCGAUGCCGACGACCGGCCACCGCGCAAGAAAAAGUCACGUGAUUCGAAUGGAAGCAAUGUAAAUAAUAAUCCCAGCCUGGGUAGCAAUUUGCUCAGCAGUCUGCCAACGACGCAGCAGCAACAGCAGCAGCAGCAGCAAAUGCAAAUGCAGCUGGACCAAGUGGAUCAUAUGCUGUCCUCUAUGCAGUCGGCCAACACGCCCACAGCACAAAUGACUAACCUCUUGGGCGGUGCCAAUCCGAUGGCUGCAGCGGCCAUGCUGAACAACAACAAUAAGACAGCGCCGGGUGGCGGCAGCUUCGAUGUUGCCAGUAUGUUGCAUGCCUCUGGCCAUCACAAGAACGGGCUGGCUGCUGCGGCGGCGGGUAAUAGAAUACCACCGCUUGGCUAUAUCGGAGCAGCGGGAGCUGGCGCUGCGGCUCAGGCGGCGGGCAGUGUGGGUGGCAUACGGAUUGCUAGCAAUCUGCACAAACAGCCCGAGAUGAGCGAGCAUCAUGCGGCGCUGACGGCGGCGCUCGCGUCCACCGGCAGCAAUAACAAUAACAACAACAAUAGCAGCAACAGUAACAACAACAACAAUGCCGGCAUGGGCGUUAAUGAUAGCUUGUCGAGCGCCUCGCUGGCCGCUGGCCUUAAGCAGAUACCGCAAUUCGAUGAUCCCGUGGAGCAGUCGCUGGCCUCCUUGGAGUUUAGCGCCUCCUCCACGGGCAAAUCGUCGCUGACGGAUAACUUUUUAAUGGCCCACCAGGCGCAUCUGAUGCAGCAGCCAGGCGGCAACCAGCAGCAGACGCAGCAGCAGCAGCAACAAUUCGCCCUGCAGCAGCAACAGCAGCAGCAACAGCAGCAACAGCAAAUGGACUACAUGGCCGAGCUGCUGACAAAGACCGUGGACAAUGUGGCUGGCAUGAAUGGCAACCAUUUGCUGAACAACACCAUCUUUAAUCUGGACAUGGCAAAUGCUGCCUAUCAGCAGAAGCAGCAGCAGCAGCAGCCGCAUGGCCACCAAACGCAACAGCAGCAACAGCAGGCGCACAACAAUGGCUACAAUGUGGCCGACUUUAGUGGGAUGCCAGGCUUUGAUAAUCUCAAUAUGUCUUCGUCUAGCCUGCUGGAUCAUGUGAUGCCGAUGGCGGCCAUGAUGAUGGGCAAUGCGGGUGGCAAGCUCAAGGAUGGUGACCAGCAACAGCAGCAAUUGCAGCAGCAGCAACAGCAGCUGCAACAGCAAUUACAGCAGCAGCAAUUGCAACAACAGCAGCAGCAACAGCAACAGCAACAUCAUCACCAUCAACAGCAACAACAUCAUCAUCAUCACCAACAGCAGCAGCAGCAGCAGCAACAACAGCAACAACAACAGCAGCAGCAGCAGCAGCUAGCUCAGCAGCAGGGCGGGAGCCAGGCGGCGAACAAAAUGUUAAUCAUACCGAAACCCAUUGAAUCGAUGAUGCCCAGCCCGCCCGACAAGCAACAGUUGCAACAGCAGCAGCAGCAGCAGCACCAUCAGAAAGUGUUGCCACCGCAGCAAUCGCCCUCCGAUCUGAAGAUGCACGGCGUUGGUUCACACUCCGGCUUCCAGGUGUUCAAGGCUGUUGAGCAGAAUCUAAAGAAUGCCAGUUCCUGGUCGUCGCUGGCAUCGGCCAGCUCACCGCAGAACACGGCGACAACGUCUAGCAAGCUGAAGCCGGCCAUGGACUCGUUCCAGCAAUUCCGCAACAAAGCCAAAGAACGCGAUCGCCUCAAACUGCUCGAAGCGGCCGAGAAGGAGAAGAAACACCAGAAGGAGGCUGCCGAGAAGGAGCAGCAGCAGCAGCGCAAGCAUCACAAGUCCUCCUCAUCCUCGUCGGCCGCGUCAGCCGCGGCUGCUGCUGCUGCUGCUGCCUCUGCGGUGUCAGCAACGCAAGCGGCUGCUGCUGCAGCAGCUGCAGCGCUCGCCAUUGUGGCCGUCAAUCCAACCAGCGCCGGCAGCAGCAACAGUAACAGCAACAACAACAAUAAUAGCAACAACAACAGCAACACCAAUGCCGGCAAUUCGGGCGCACAAUCCGGAUCGCAGAGCAGUGGCGAACGGGAUCGAGCCAGCAGCAGCGCCACAGAUGCAUCGCGCAUCGGAAGCAGCAGCGGCGGCAACAACAGCAGCAAUUCGGCCAACAGCAAUGGACCUGGCAGUGCCGGCAGCGGCAGCGGCGGUGCUGUUGGUGGCGGCGCCAAUAGUGGCGGCAGCGCCAGUGGCGGACAUCUGGUCAAUGCCGGCAGCAAUAGCAACAGUGGUGGCGGCGGUGGCAUCGGCAGCGGUGCGGCCAGCAGCAACAGUAACAGCAGCCUUGGCGGCAACAUUGGCACCGGCUCAAGCAGCCAAGGCGGCGGCAACAGCAGCGGUGCAGGCGGUGGCGGCGGCGGUGGCGGCAGUGCUGCUAGUGGCAGCAACGGCAGCAAUGUAGGCAUUGUUGGUGGUGCGUCAAUUGGUGGCACUGCCUCUGGCAAUGGCCACCAGGCCGCCAGCAAUGCCCUGGCUCAGCAUGCGGCAGCAGCUGUAGCGGCAGCGGCACAAGCAACCGCAGCGGUCUCCGCCUCAGUGCUGGCUGCCUCGCCACUGGGUGCCUUGGAAAGUGGACGUAAAAGCGUGCAUGAUGCUCAGCCGCAGAUAUCGCGUAUGGAUGACAUAAAGGCGUCGCCGGGUCAGGGACAGAAUUCGCCAGCGCAGCAAUCGCCGCAGGACCGCGCGGCCGUCAAACGUGCGGAGCAGCGACGUGCCGAACAGGAGAGACGCAGACGCGAGGCGAUGGCUGGCCAAAUUGAUAUGAACAUGCAGAGCGAUCUCAUGGCUGCAUUUGAGGAGACGCUGUAGGCAACGGCCGCGACGGCUGCGUCGUCCAAUACCAGAACCCACAGCAAGUCCCACAGCGGUGCCCACAAAUUGCAUUCGCAUCACAGGCGGCGAUCGCAUCACCACAGGAAACACCGCGACUAAUUGUAGCAGCAGCAGCAGCAGCAGCAAAUGAAACAAGAACAAUAACAGUGACAACACAGAUAAGAGGACAACUAAAGCGUUGACAACAGCAAGGCUAGGCUGGCACAACAACAACAUAAAUCAGUAAGAAUGCAAAUAUUGGACGAGCAACACACGAUAGCAACAACAAGAACAACAACAAAAACAACAACAUCGACAAUGUUAUAAUUGUUAAACAUAAGCAAUGUUCGAAGUAACUAUAAUUACGUUAACAACUACAAUUACAUACAUAGAGCGUAUAUACACCACUACUAAUGUACAUAUGUAUGCAUGCAUGUGUGUCUCAAAUGUGUAAGGAUUGUUGCAGUAGCACAUGCACGCACACGCACACAUACGCCCACACACACACACACAGACUCAAACACACGCAUAUACAGACAACACUAACAGAAAAAGGCAUAUUUCCUUUGGUUAUAAAACGAAAACAAAACAACAAAAAACACACA